GCCCUGAUUAAUAGGGGGGCAGGUUAAUUUCCCCCUGAUCCCAGCGACCUGGCCCUGACUCUGUGACUCUCUACCUAGUGGACAUGACUCUGGAUCCAGACACAGCUCAUCCCAACCUCGUCCUGUCUGAGGAUCGGAAACGUGUGAGACACGGAGAUAUGUGCCUGGCUUUGCUCAACACCCCGGAGAGAUUUGACCGUUGUCCCUGUGUGCUGGGAACCGAGGGUUUCGGGGGCGGGAGGUGUUACUGGGAGGUGGAGGUGGGAGACAAGACUGAGUGGUACCUGGGGGUUUGCAGGGAAUCUGUGAGCAGGAAGGGGCACAUCGCACUCUCACCUGUGGAUGGAUACUGGGUCGUGAGGCUGAGGGACGGGGGAUACAAGGCCCUCACCUCCCCCUCGAACUCCCUCCCCAUGAGCGCCAGGCCCAGCCGGGUGGGGGUUUUCCUGGACUACGAGGUGGGCGAGGUCUUGUUUUACAAUGUGACUGACAGGUCCCAUCUCUUCACCUUCACCGGUACCUUCUCCGGGACGCUCUGCCCUUUCUUCAGUCCCAGUAACAAUGCUGGGGGCACCAACGCGGCUCCCUUGACCAUCUUCCCGGCCCCAGUGCAGGCUGGAGGGAAUGGCAGUGCAGUGAGCUGAGACUCUCACCUCCUGCUGCCCUGGGUGGGGGUAUCGCGGAGGCUGCACCAUGCUGGGUCAGUGGGAGACGCUCUCCCGUCAGCUCCCCUUGCUCAUCCCAUCCACUGGUGGUGACUGCAGAGCAACUUGCACUGGAUUUGGGGGAGUCUUCACUGUACCCCCUAAAUCCACUGCCGGGGGGUCAAUCUCAGAGCUUGGGCUCAGGCUGAUGGAAUCAGCAACCCCCACAGCACAGACCAACCCCAGGCAUGUUCCAUGGAGAUGGAACCAGAGACAUCACCUAUUCCCUCUCACUC